UGUCAUUACAUUACUAUAGUCAUUAGUAAUUAUCUCGCUUUAUUAUCACAUCUUGCUAAGUGUUUCAUCAUGUGGCAGGAGAUAACGGCGCGCAACUGUUGCGCGCAUUCAAUUCCUCUCUACGCACUUUCCCCGUCGACGCCGUCCUUGCAUAGCACGUGCGCUGCAAUGUCAGUGACGAAGUCUGAGUUUAGCGUACGUUACUAUAAUCGGUACAAGGUCUCGAAUUUGGCAUUAGACAAAUUGAAACACAAAUUCGCAGUAUGAGGCGUUUGAGUCAGUGUGCGCAUAAACCCUGUCGCGCUACGUAACAAUACAAAUAAGAAAAACGAAAUUGUUAGUGGAUUGUUCAAAAUGGCAGUAUUAUCACGGUUCAGGGCCUUCCUGAGAAUGUACCCCGUGACUAGGGGUAUGAUUACAUACAGCAUGAUCUGGCCCACAUCAUGUUUGAUUCAACAGACAGUCAUUGAAGGCAAAAACUACAAGAACUAUAACUAUUGGGCAGCAGCAAGAUUUAGUAUUUAUGGUGGGCUGUUUGUUGCACCCACUUUGUAUUGUUGGAUUAGAUUAAGUACUUUUAUAUGGCCUAAAACUAGUUUAAGAACAGCAGUUGCAAAGGCAAUUGUGGAACAAAUGUCUUAUGGACCUGCAGCACUUUGCAUGUUCUUCUUUGGCAUGACACUUCUAGAAGGACGCGGUUUUCAUCAAGCCACACAUGAAGUUAGUGAAAAGUUCUGGCCAUCUUAUAAAGUUGCAGUAUGUGUAUGGCCAAUCCUCCAGACAAUAAAUUUCGCCUAUAUCAAAGAGCGUAACCGAGUGCCUUUCGUCAGCAUGUGCAGCUUAAUGUGGACAAGUUUCCUCGCGUAUAUGCACCAUAUAAAAUCUCAGGACUUGGCUAAACAGCAGCAGACACUUGCCGCUGCAGCAGCGUCGACAACUGCGAUACCUACAGUACCCACAGUGCCAAUCGCUAAUCCAAUUAAACCCCAGCGACAACCUACUCCUCAAUCACAAAUUCAAAGUGACCUGACCAAAAAACACUGAAUAGUAAAAUUGUCCCAUAUUUAUAAAUUUUUAAUGUAAAAGAUGUUAGUAGGUAAUUUGAUGUCAAUAUUUAGAUACAAAAUGUGUAAUUGCUACACCAAUAGCAACAAAAUGGUAUUAAGUACUUUAUACUUAUAAUGUGACAGGGUGUAUUUAGGUAGCUAAAAUUUGGUGUGCAAUUAUUUGAUACUAUUUGAUUUUUAUGACGUUGAUGUUGUUAAAGAUGCUUUAAAAUGUGGAUGUGUAUUUAAACGAAGCUUAUUAGGUAUUUAUUUUUGUAAUAAAUGUUAAAUUUGAACAAAA